AUGGCCACUGGCACCAUCAUCACCAUCAGCACCAACGCCAAUCCCGAUGUUUCCAUUGAUCGCGAGGGUGAAGGCGAGGGAAAGGGCGAGGCGGAGCUCGAGGGGGAUGACGAAAGAGUAGGCGAGGGCGUGGGCGAGGGAGAGGGGGUGGGUGAGAGCGAGGAUGAUGACGAGAGAGAGGGCGUGGGCGAGGGCGAUGAAGACAAAGAGGACGACUGA